CCCUGUAGCUAGCCUCCACUCCAAGCGAGAUCUCCUCGAUUUCUCCUCCAACUCCUCCUUCCCCUUGGCCUCCCUGUCGAAAUCGAACCCGAAGCCUCGCCUCGCCAUGGCGCAAGGCACCGCCCCCUCCGCCGGCGGCGGCACCGCCGUUCCCGCCCACUCGGCCGCGGCGGCCGUCUCCACCACCGCCGCCACCGCCACCACUCCCCCCGGCACGCCGCGCGCCGCGGGGGCGGCCGCCCCCGGGCACUACGCCGUCGAGCUCUACUUCGACCCGGCGCUGGAGAACCAGGUGCUCAAGGCGUGGAACGCGCUGGCGCGGCGGCAGCUCAGCAGCCGCCUCAUCGACGCCGCCUCGCGCCCGCACCUCCCGCUGCUGCACCUCCCCGCCGCCGCGCUGGCGGACCCGCUCCGCCUCGCCCCCUCGCUCCGCGCGCUCGCCUCGCGCCUCGACCCGCUCCCGCUCGCGCUCUCCUCGCUCGCCUCCCCGCCGUCCUCGCUCGACGCCGGGGUGCUCUUCCUCGCGCCCACCCCGUCCGCGGCGCUGCUCGGCAUCCACGCGCAGCUCUGCGAGCUCCUCCGCAAGGACGCCGGGGUCGAGGUGCCCGACGGGUUCCGCCCCGACCAUUGGGUCCCGCGGUGCGCCGUCGCCAUCGACGUCCCCCGCGGACGCAUGGCCGAGGCCUUCUGCGUGCUCCGCGAGCUCAAGCUGCUCCCCGUCUCCGGGUACGGGAUGGACAUCGCGUUGGUCGAGGUCGGCCCUGUGGUGAGGGAGCUCGUGUCCUACCCUCUCGGUGGCAGCGGAGGCGCUGGAGCCGACUGAGAGGUGCAGGUAUUGUUAAUCUGUACAAUCUGAAGAAUAUGCUGGGUGGACAAUCAUAUUUAACAAGGACAAGAUAAUGAUUUUUCAUUGUCCAUUUUGCCUGGUUCGGGGAAUUAAACUGCAAAAAGGGUUAGAUCAUACUGUAUCCUAACACAUACAGUAUUUUUCUAAUUAUUUCUUUAAUCUUUUGGUUGAUAAUGUUCCCCACAAAUGUAGAGACCUGACAAAUCAUCACCGAUUCAGGUUUGUUGUAAUCCAUUACCGAUUGUUGUGUGCCUCCCGAAAAUACUCGUGCAGUCUUUGUUCUGGA